AUGUUGAUAUGGCUCUUGCUGAUACUCUUUUUCUGUGAAUCCUUCACUCUGCGUAGCAAGUUUACCAACAUGAGUGCAGUGUGCAGCCAUGAAUUCUGUUCCAGUAUGAGGGGAUGGCUGAGCGCCAAAGGUGAGGUCAACCUGGAUAUCCACCUGAAUAGCACUUUGAGGAGUGGCUUGAGGACUACACUUACCCUCCUGCAGCGGAUGGAUGGCCAAAAUCGGGACCAGACUCUCUUUAGCUACGACAUGGACACCUGCAAGAUGCUGCGGAAUCUUUUGCAAGCCAGUUUGAUGAAGGUCUGGCUGAGGAACGUGUUCAAGUACGGGAAUCUAACCGAACGCUGUCCCAUUAAGCCAGCCUACUACAAUAUCCGCAACUUUCAGCUGGAAACCCACAGCAUUCCGGGGUAUUUGCCAUCGGGAUUCUACCGCCUGCACCACACAAGUUACUAUGGAAAGCCCAAGGGCAGGACACACCGUUCGGUGGCCACUAUCACAUUGGAUGUAAAGUUCUAUUAA